AUGAGCUCAUAUCUGUCUUCCCUCACCUCGUCAUCCUCUAUUUCCAAUGUUCUUGGCUCUCGACUCAACAGCCUUCGCCGCGCAAUCACCCUAGGCGAUGAGGGGGACGAUCCAGAUAAUGAAGACUGCUCGCACAUCUCCAACGCCCUUCGAGCAUACUAUACCGAGAAGGGUCGCUCUUUUCCUCCCUGGCUUCCUCCCGAUCCCAAAGCCCCCGCAGCAUCCCAGCCUACCCGUGUCAUUGCGACGGCAUCAUCCGGGCAACAUGGUCAAGCCCCCAUAGCCGCCGGCUAUGGUCGGGGCGGCGGACUUGGUGACCUCUGGGGUGACUCUGGAUCAUCGACGCCCCCGCCACAGACAACAAGUCUUCGCCGUGGCCGAGGGGGCAGCAGCAUGCCGGCACUCACGCCCGCUCAGAGCGCACCACCCGGCCCAGCAACUUCUCCGCCGCCACCGCUUACCCAUGCACACUCUCACUCGCCCGUUCCAUCCGGAUCAAUGCACCCGGCUGGUGCCCGGCCCUUGCCCAGCCAGCGAGCUGGAUCAUACCAAACUACACAGUCUCCUCGCCCAAGCCAGGAGAGAGCUGGGGGUGGGUCUGCGCAGGAGCGGCUACGCGCCAGGCUGCAUGGCGGACGGUCUCCAAGCCCGAAUAUCGAUCCUAGUGUGAGGAAGCCGGUAGGUUCCUCGGGGAGACAGUGGUGA